CGACGUUCACACUGCCUUCUCUUCUCAGCCCCCACGUCGCGUCUUACAAGAGGCAUCGCAGCCUCCGAUUCCCCGAGAGGCGGCACGUCGGCACGGCACGCUCUUCUCCUAGCGCGGGUGGUGUGGGUAACCGCGGCGCGAGAAGCUGCUCGAUCUUGCAGCUCGUGCCGGGCGCCGGGGGUGUGCGGUGCGGGUGCUGCGGACAUGAGCUGCCUGUGCUGGUUCAAGCGGAGGUCCAGGAAAGGGCGAUCGUCGUCGUCGGGGAAGCGAGGGGCGUCGUCGACGGCGACGGUGUCGGUGUCGGGCCCCGCGACCGCGACCGCGACCACGACCACGACGGCGUCGGCGGAGAGCACGAGCCGGUCGGACGACUCGGGCGCGGUGCGGCCGGUGAGCAAGUCGGCGGGCUCGUCGCAGUCGCAGCGGAGCAUCUCGUCGCUCUACGAGGAGCGGGGCCACGGCCAGCUGCGCGUGUUCGACUACGACGAGCUCCAGGGCGCCACGGCCGAGUUCGGCCGCGCGCAGAAGCUCGGCGAGGGCGGCUUCGGCAGCGUCUACAAGGGCUUCAUCCGCGCCGCCGACGGCAAGGGGGACCGCGUCCCCGUCGCCGUCAAGAAGCUCAACCAGCGUGGCAUGCAGGGACAUAAGCAAUGGCUGGCAGAAGUACAGUUCCUUGGUGUUCUGGAGCACCCAAAUCUUGUAAAGCUACUUGGAUAUUGUGCUGUUGAUAGCGAAAGAGGGGCACAGAGAUUGUUGGUCUACGAGUUUAUGCCCAAUAAGAGCUUGGAAGACCACUUGUUCAGGCGAGCUAAUCCUCCUCUACCGUGGAACAGAAGGCUUCAGGUUAUCUUGGGAGCUGCAGAAGGAUUGGCGUACCUGCAUGAAGGGGAAGUUCAGGUGAUCUACCGGGACUUCAAAACGUCCAACAUUUUACUGGACAAGGACUUCAGAGCAAAGCUAUCAGACUUCGGCCUAGCCAGGGAGGGGCCAACUGGAGCAAACACUCACGUCUCGACUGCGGUCGUCGGGACGCAAGGGUACGCCGCACCGGAGUACAUGGACACGGGGCACCUGACGACGAAGAGCGACGUGUGGAGCUUCGGUGUGGUGCUUUACGAGAUCCUGACGGGGCGGCGGUCGCUGGACCGGAACAGGCCGGCGGCGGAGCAGAAGCUGCUGGAGUGGGUGGCCCAGUUCCCGCCGGACAGCCGCAACUUUCGGAUGAUCAUGGACCCCAGGCUCCGCGGCGAGUACUCGGUGAAGGCCGCCCGGGAGAUCGCCAAGCUGGCCGACAGCUGCCUGCUCAAGAACGCCAAGGAGCGCCCCACCAUGAGCGAGGUGGUCGAGGUCCUCGGCCGGGCCGUGCAGGCGCACGCCGAGCCUGACAGCGGGGCUCCCGGCCCCGGCGCCAAGGGGAAGAAGACCGACGCUGCCACACCGUCCCGGCGGCGGCGUGACUGACUGCUACAUGUCGUCAUCGGUAAAGGCGCUUACCGAGUCCAUUGGUUAGUCUAGUCGUGAGCUGUGACAGCACAAAAGGAGUGAGUGUUGUGCUUGGGGCCCUACAUAUAAUUUUUUUUGGACAUACAGCAUUACUUAGACGUACGUAGAGACGAGCUGGCGGAUUGAACUUUGUGUAGCUUUCGAAAGUGAGCAUUUUGAAAAGAAAAAAAAGAGUAGAGGUCUC